ACUCGAUCGUCGCGGAGGACGAUCCGGAAACGGACGACACCGGAAGCACGAGCGGCAAGGCCGCGUCCCCCGUCAACCCGCUUCUCCAGGAGCGGUCCAAUUGCGAGGAGCUCAGGCACGUGGUCUGCCACUUGGAGACGAAAGAUCUCUGGGACAAGUUUAACGAGUUGGGCACCGAGAUGAUCAUCACGAAGACUGGAAGGAGGAUGUUCCCGACGUGCCGAGUGUCGUUCAACGGGCUGAAGGCGGACAGUCGGUACGCGGUUCUGAUGGACAUCGUCCCGGUGGACAACAAACGGUAUCGGUACGCCUAUCACAGGAGUUCCUGGCUGGUAGCCGGGAAAGCCGAUCCCCCGGCACCCGCGCGCCUCUACGUCCACCCGGAUUCGCCUUUUACGGGUGAGCAGCUACGAAAGCAGGUCGUUUCCUUCGAGAAAGUCAAGCUGACCAACAAUGACAUGGACAGACACGGCCACCUGGUGCUGAACUCGAUGCACAAAUACCAACCGAGGAUCCACCUGGUGAAACGACCGGACUCCGGCACGGCCAAGCCGAUAACCGACCUCGAGAAGGAGCCCCACAAGACCUUCAUAUUCCCCGAGGCCAUAUUCACCGCUGUCACCGCCUAUCAGAAUCAACUCAUCACCAAGCUGAAAAUCGACAGCAACCCGUUCGCCAAGGGCUUUCGGGACUCGUCCAGGCUCACGGAUUUCGAGAGCUUCCCUUUCAGGGAGACAAUGGAGUCGAUGUUGGCGGAACAGCAGUCGCUGAGGUUUCCCCAUCGACUUCCGUUCGAGAUGGAUCAGCUGCAGGCCGGCGCGGUGAGCAACCUCAGCCUGGAGGAGAAGGCCUUGUGGGCCGCGCGGUCUCAGAUGCUGCUGCGAGCUGCGGCCGCGGUCGCGGUCAGCCCGUACGCGCAGCUAGUGGGUCCGGCUUUGGUCUACCCGGGAGCGUCGCCGGCCGGCACCAGCCAUCAGCAGCAGCACCAGCAGCAGCAGCAGCAGCAGCAGCAGCUGGGACACCUCUGGUGGGCGUCGUCGAUAGGGCCGACCUUGUUCGCUGCCGCUCACCAGCAACAGCAGCAACAGCAGCAGCAGCAGCAGCAGCAGCUAGCCGGGUCCAGCUCGCAGAAUCCGAGCACGAGUCCAGCGGCGCCGCGACCCCUCUACCCUUCCGCCCUGGCGUUGGCGCACCACAGAUUCUCCCCUUAUCACACGACCCCCGUCGCGCCCAAGUCCUCCACGCCGGUCGGCUCGUCGCUGUCGCCCGCGAGGAGGACCACCCCCUCGCCGACGGACAGCCUAGGCAGGGACGCGCAGGACCUGUCGCCCUCGUAGUCGUCGCCGCGUACCGCGUCUCGCGCCCGAUCCGAGAUCCGAGGAUACCUGGGGACCAUUCGUCGGCGUCCCGCCGCGCCGACGCCUCCUCUUCGCUCGCGGACACUCGCUCCGAGGUCGAACGCGAGUAGCCAAUCCGCUGGACGCCUAGCUAAUGCAUCCUGCCGUCGUCCGCCAGCGGCGGCGACGCCUGAGAAACCGUUCGGAAGAUCAAACGCCGCUGGACGCUCGGCUGCCGACGAACGCUUGGACGCGCGUUCGUACCGUCGGUUCGGUGGUGCAACGCGAGCACGGACUUUCGUCCGCGGAUCGGAGAACAGGACGUUUCGCGAAGCGAGUCUGAUUGUAUAUAGGUAUAUACAUAGCUGUGGAUUUACAGGUCUAGGUAGUGUCAUCGACUUCGUUCGUGUAACAUAAGUUGUAUAUUUCCUUAUCAUGACUUACCGUUAUCGUUAUCGUUAUUUAUGUUCCGAAUCCGUACUCGACGUGGGGAGACGCGAAGGGAGCGACGUCGACCGUUUCUAGAGAAAAGGAUUAGGCCCGAGGACGAUCGAGCUGCUUCGCGGCUUCCCACGGUAGCUUGAUCGACGAUCAUCAUCGCCGCGAGGCGGUUAGCCUUAGACUAGAGCGUUACGUCGUUGAUGCUUGUGUUGUGGAGACGCGUACCUAUCGCUGUGCAAGC